CCGGGAUCGGGGUGGGGGUGUCCUGGAGGCCGUCCUUCUGGAAGAGCAGCUAAGAGUCGCAGGGGCCCCCUCUGCUGCUCGACUUCUCACUGGCCCCGGCUCUGCAUCCUCCUCCUCUCCCAGCCAGGGGGCUCCUGAGACUGCCCGGCCCAGCCAGGGAGCCUGGCGGUCUGGGGAGAGCGGACAGUCCCUGGGUAAUGUCCAGGGCGCCAGGAAGAGAUGUCCUUGUGGCUGCAGGCCCCUGUGCCCGCCGUUUCUCCUGACUCAGCAGCUGCACUGUGGGAGUCGGAGGCUCCAGAUGCAAGCGGGCCCGCGCCAGGAGGCGGCAGCUGUGUGCUCAGGGAGACCAGCUCACCCCUAUCCAUGGGACGCCCCCUGCGGGGGUGCCUGGGGGCCCCAGGGCCCACGGCCCCACUCCCCAGGGUGGAAACCCCCCCAGAUUCCACAGAGUUCCGUCCACAGAAACGGAAGAAGGGGCCAGCCCCCAAGAUGCUGGGCAACGAGCUGUGCAGUGUAUGCGGGGACAAGGCCUCCGGCUUCCACUACAACGUGCUGAGCUGUGAGGGCUGCAAGGGCUUCUUCCGGCGCAGCGUCAUCAAGGGGGCCCGUUACCUGUGCCACAGCGGGGGCCACUGCCCCAUGGACACCUACAUGCGGCGCAAGUGUCAGGAGUGUCGCCUGCGCAAAUGCCGCCAGGCCGGCAUGCGGGAAGAGUGUGUCCUGUCGGAAGAACAGAUCCGCCUGAAGAAACUGAAGCGCCAAGAGGAGGAGCAGUCUCAGGGCACCUCCGCACCCCCUCGAACUUCCUCCCCACCCCCAGCGCUGCCCCAGCUCAGCCCGGAGCAGCUGGGCAUGAUCGAGAAGCUGGUGGCUGCCCAGCAACUGUGCAACCGCCGCUCCUUCUCUGACCAGCUUCGCGUCACGCCUUGGCCCAUGGCACCCGACCCCCAGAGCCGGGAGGUCCGACAGCAGCGUUUUGCCCACUUCACCGAACUGGCCAUCGUCUCGGUGCAGGAGAUUGUGGAUUUCGCCAAACAGCUGCCUGGCUUCCUGCAGCUGAGCCGGGAGGACCAGAUCGCCCUGCUGAAGACCUCGGCGAUCGAGGUGAUGCUCCUGGAGACGUCUCGGCGCUACAACCCUGGCAGCGAGAGCAUCACGUUCCUCAAGGACUUCAGCUACAACCGGGAAGAUUUUGCCAAAGCAGGGCUGCAGGUGGAGUUCAUCAACCCCAUCUUCGAGUUUUCCAGAGCCAUGAAUGAACUGCAGCUCAAUGAUGCCGAGUUUGCUUUGCUCAUUGCCAUCAGCAUCUUUUCUGCAGAUCGGCCCAACGUGCAGGACCAGCUCCAGGUAGAGAGACUGCAACACACAUAUGUGGAGGCUCUGCAUGCCUAUGUCUCCAUCCACCACCCCCAUGAUCGACUGAUGUUCCCACGGAUGCUAAUGAAACUGGUGAGCCUCCGGACCCUGAGCAGCGUCCACUCUGAGCAAGUAUUUGCACUGCGCCUGCAAGACAAAAAGCUGCCCCCGCUGCUCUCCGAGAUCUGGGAUGUGCACGAAUGACUCUUCUCCCUGCUGCAGAGAAUAGGCUUAGCUGCCUCCUGGAGGUGGUGCCCACAGAGAAGGGCAGACAUUGCUGGCAAAAGGCAAAGGAGAUGAUCACGUGACAUUAAAGGAGCGUCGAAAGGCUGGGAGCUCCGUGGCUGCUGGGUACUGGAAAUCCUGCUAAAGCCCGUUCGACGAACUAUACUGACCCCACCAAAAAGCUGAACCCAGGCUUUGCACAAGUUUCUUCUGGGUCCCGCCCAUCCCACCCCCACCACUUCCUGUUUCCUCCCCCCACCCCGGCGAGACCCAUGAGAACUUCACUGUCACGCUGCGGCUUGGCCAUAAAUG